UCGGCGCGGCGCCGGCUCAACCCUGCGAUGCACAGACAUGACACGGGCACACAGGCACUGCAGCUGCCGCUGAGCCCGGGGCCAGCCUGGCCCCGCCACCCGAGCCGGGGCGGCAGCAGCGGCGGGGGGAGCCUGGCCCCGGGCCCCGGCGGAGGCAGCGCGGCACCCAGCGGCCGCCCAGGCCGGGCCAGCAGCCGCCGCCGCCGCCGGAGCCCUGCCCGCCGCCUGCCUCCCCCGUGGCCGUGACCUUCUCGGGGCUGCCGCCGCCCAGGUCGGGCCAGGGCCUCGCCUCGCCGCGCCGCGCCGCGCCGCCCCUCCCCGCCCGGCGCGCUCGCAGGCCCCGGGGAUCGGGCAGGAGGCCGGCCCGGGCGCCCCGGCUCCGCGGGGCCUGCGCCGCUCGCCAUGCAGCGCGCCGCCGGCAGGCCCUGAGGGGCGACCGGCCCCCGCCACGACCCGAGCCGAGCCGCUGCCCGCCGCGCGGGGAAGGGAGUAAUAUGUUGGAGGCUUUGGACUACAUGCUUCCAACAUAGGAACAGCACCGGGUUGGAAAUCUCCACUUCUGAGAGAAUGCUGGGGAUCUGCAGAGGGAGACGGAAAUUCCUGGCUGCCUCUCUGACUCUCCUUUUCGUUCCAGCCAUAACCUGGAUUUACCUGUUUGCUGGGAGUUUUGAAGAUGGAAAGCCAGUGUCAUUGUCUCCGCUCGAGUCCCAACCCCAUAGUCCUCGUUACACGGCCUCAAGCCAGCGGGAGCGGGAGAGCUUGGAAGUACGCAUGCGGGAAGUGGAGGAGGAGAACCGAGCACUUCGCAAACAGCUCAGCUUGGCACAGAGUCGGAGCCCAUCACAUCGUCGCGGGAAUCACUCAAAAACCUACUCCAUGGAGGAAGGGACUGGUGACAGUGAAAGCCUGCGGGCUGGCAUCGUGGCAGGAAACAGUUCAGAGUGUGGGCAGCAGCCAGCAGUGGAAAAGUGUGAGACCAUCCACGUUGCCAUUGUUUGUGCUGGGUACAACGCUAGUCGGGAUGUUGUCACGCUCGUCAAGUCAGUCUUAUUUCACAGGCGAAACCCUCUUCACUUCCACCUCAUCGCAGAUGCUAUUGCGAAACAGAUUCUGGCAACCCUCUUCCAAACCUGGAUGGUCCCUGCUGUGCGCAUAGACUUCUAUGAUGCAGAUGAACUCAAGUCGGAAGUGUCCUGGAUCCCCAACAAACACUACUCCGGGAUUUAUGGGCUGAUGAAGCUGGUUCUGACAAAGACUCUCCCUUCCAGUCUUGAGCGAGUCAUUGUCCUGGACACAGACAUAACCUUUGCCACUGACAUUGCUGAGCUAUGGGCCGUCUUUCACAAGUUCAAAGGCCAGCAGGUUCUUGGCUUGGUGGAGAAUCAGAGUGACUGGUACCUGGGCAACCUUUGGAAGAAUCACCGUCCCUGGCCAGCUCUUGGGAGGGGUUACAACACUGGGGUUAUCCUGCUACUUCUGGAUAAGUUGCGAAAGAUGAAGUGGGAGCAGAUGUGGAGACUCACAGCUGAAAGAGAGUUAAUGAGCAUGCUGUCCACCUCGUUGGCUGACCAGGAUAUCUUCAAUGCAGUCAUCAAACAGAACCCCUUCCUUGUCUACCAGCUUCAAUGUUUCUGGAAUGUACAGCUGUCUGACCAUACCCGUUCUGAGCAGUGCUACAGAGAUGUGUCUGACCUAAAGGUGAUUCACUGGAACUCGCCAAAGAAGCUACGAGUGAAAAAUAAGCAUGUGGAAUUUUUCCGUAACCUUUAUUUGACAUUCCUGGAGUAUGAUGGAAAUCUUCUGAGGCGAGAACUCUUUGGCUGCCCUAGUGAGGCUGACAUCAAUAGCGAAAAUCUCCAGAAACAGCUUUCCGAGCUUGACGAGGAUGAUAUGUGCUAUGAAUUUCGUCGAGAACGCUUCACUGUUCAUCGCACUCAUUUGUAUUUUCUGCACUAUGAGUAUGAACAUGCCUCAGAGGACACUGAUGUAACACUGGUGGCUCAGCUCUCAAUGGACAGGCUCCAGAUGCUCGAAGCCAUCUGCAAACACUGGGAGGGCCCAAUCAGCCUGGCACUCUAUCUUUCUGAUGCAGAGGCCCAACAGUUUUUGCGCUAUGCCCAGGGUUCAGAGGUUCUCAUGAGCCGCCGCAAUGUUGGGUACCAUAUCGUGUACAAGGAGGGCCAGUUCUACCCUGUGAAUCUCCUGCGGAAUGUGGCCAUGAAGCACAUCAGCACACCAUACAUGUUCCUGUCUGACAUUGACUUCUUGCCCAUGUAUGGACUCUACGAGUACCUCAGGAAGUCUGUCAUCCAGCUAGACUUGGCCAAUACCAAGAAAGCUCUGAUUGUACCUGCUUUUGAGACCCUUCGGUAUCGCCUCUCCUUCCCCAAGUCAAAAGCAGAGCUGCUAUCUAUGUUGGACAUGGGAACCCUCUUCACAUUCAGGUAUCACGUCUGGACAAAAGGGCAUGCGCCAACGAACUUUGCUAAGUGGCGAACUGCCACCACCCCUUAUCGAGUAGAGUGGGAAGCAGACUUUGAGCCAUAUGUUGUUGUGAGGCAGGACUGCCCAGAAUAUGACAGGAGGUUUGUUGGAUUCGGCUGGAACAAAGUAGCUCACAUCAUGGAAUUGGAUGCACAGGAGUAUGAAUUUAUAGUACUACCCAAUGCCUAUAUGAUCCACAUGCCGCAUGCUCCCAGCUUCGACAUCACCAAGUUUCGCUCCAACAAGCAAUACCGCAUCUGUCUCAAGACCCUGAAGGAGGAGUUCCAGCAGGAUAUGUCUCGUCGCUAUGGUUUUGCAGCUCUCAAAUAUCUCACGGCAGAGAACAACAGCUAGCACGACAGAACUCGUUUAUGGGAAACAGACACUGAAGGGAGGAGCCACUUAAUGUUUGGGCCCAGUCUUUUAACUUGGAACUGAAAGACACUUCUUGUUUUUAUAUCAUACCUAGCAGUUCUAACAGUAGAAAUUUGAAGUGACAUGACUUCAGACUGCUCUCAGUAGUUGCCUCCCUUCCCCCCCACCUCUCCACUCCUUCCCUUCCAGCCUUCAGCUUUAGUGUUCGCAAAGGGUGAAUAAGAGAGGCUGGACAUGCACCUAUCAUACCGCACAGAGUUGGGAGUGGGGAGUAGGAGGGGAAGGUUUUUGUUCUCAGAACUGCAGAGCAAAGAGAGAAUAUAGGAUUUCAUGUUGCUAUUUAAUAAUUCCACAUGCUUUUUAUCUGUAAAGGAAGAUCUUCAGGUCACUGUCCUGUGAAAUGCAAAUUUACACUACUCUAAAAGGGAACUUUUACCUAUGGACUUUCACGGUGGCCCUGAUCAUAUGGAUGGCCUUGUUAAUGCAGGAUGAGCCAAAGGUCUGAAUUAGCCUUGGAAAUGGAGGGGAAGCAUAUACAACACUGCACUAUAGAGAAGGUGUGUUACUGGCGUAGGCAUUUUCAUGGCAUCAGCUGAUCUUUUAUCCUCAAAUUAAUUCUUUUUGAUUUGCAAACCUCCACCCCCCUGCCUUUCUGCCAGCCCUACACUCCAUUCCUUUUUGUUGAAAGGAAGUGGUCCCCUUCAUGCUGCUUGUCCAUCCCUAGCUGUAGAGGUCCAGUAAAGAAAAAUGGUGCCUCUGCCAGAAUGUGAAGGAACCUGUCAGUGUAAGGUCUGUUUUUGCCAGAGCAAUUUGUUCACAUGUGUUUAGUGAAAUACACAGGCGCAUUGUAGCCUGUUACCAUUUUAAAGGCAAGAAGUGGGAUGUUCCCUAGAAUGCAUUUUCUGCUGGGGAUAGUGACCAGCAGGCUCUUUCAGUGCAUGUCCAGUGGUGAAAGCAUUGCGCCGUGCACUUUAAGUGGACUUCUUUGCUGAACAGGAAAUAUAAGCAUGGCAGCUAGACCUCAGUAGCCUGGGUGCUGUCAAGCUGCCUGCUGCAAGCUCUCAGAACUACUUCGUUAAAGGAGUUUAUAAUAAAAGGAGAAAACUGUGAGGAAUAAACUCCCCAUUUUGAGGGGGAGAAGAGAAUGUGUUGGGAAUCUGAGUGUGAAUGUUUGCUUGAAUGUGGGCUGGUCAAGUUCACAACCUAAACAUCCAUAGAAGUAUUUUGGAGGGUGGACAGGACAUCUAACAAGCAAAACACACACAGAAAAUAAGACACUGGACUUCUUACCAUUUUCUUUAUUGUUCAGUAUUAAUGUUGUGUUUACAUUGGAUGAAGAGAUGAGGUUUAAUGCACUACCCCUUCCAGGGCUAUUUGUAUUCAGUUGCAAUGUUAACAGAGACAGCAGAAUCAGCUAAGUGAGAAAUGUGUCUCUCUUCCUAUCCCCAGUCAUGUAGGACAGUUUUUAGCAACACCUCUGCCUAGACUGCAGAAUGGAUCAACACUGCAUUUUGCUCGGUUUAUUCUGUUGUUUUCCAGUCGCUGGACCCUCAGCCCUUUCUCCCCUGCUAAUCACUUUAGAUCUCAGUUUUCUUUCUAACCUACAACUCUGAGGUUCUAUUUUACAGCACAUUCAAGACAGCUAAGCCAGAUGUCUGAAGUACAAAUGUGAGUUAGGCUGAGUACAUUUAAGAAAAGAAAUGCAAAACAAAAAGAAAAAGAAAAAAACAAAAAAGGAAAAUAGCAACAUUGUUGACAAGAAGAGGGGAGGGAGGCUCUAUGUAAUUGUGAUUUUUUUUCCCCUGGUAUUGUUGGCUGUGUAAGUAUAUAUCACUGUUUAAUUUUUCCAAAGUGCUUUUCUCUUUUACUUAAUGGCUUUAUGAGAAGAUUUAUAUAAAAACGUUUGAGGGGCUGAGGAAAAUUCAAAUAAACACUAAGCCCUGACUGUGGUAUAUCAGAAAAAAAUAGAAACUUCCCUCACUGCUGAGGGCUCAAAUCUGCACUGUAUAAUACUCUCCCACCAAAUGCUCAAUAUGAGUAAGGGUGACAGAAUCUUUUCGUAAGAGAGACUAAGGAGUGAUGUGAAGCACUGAUUUUCCCUAUAUGAAUUUGCUGGCAGGUCCUUCAGUGUAACUAAAGCAGUUUCAUACAGCACUGUUUAAAUUCGGGAUGUUCACUUGUUCUUUGUUUCACAAUGAUGCCCCGGGGUGGGAAAGGAACAGCAUUCUCCAUCAGUGUUGGGUUCAGGCUAGAUUGUCCUACAAGGCACAACCUGUAGUACAGUACAUUGUUCAGCUAUGCCAUAGCAACGUUAGCUAUGGCUCCAGCCCUGAUCUGUCUUUUGGUGGUGGUGUGGGGUGGGCCAAGUAGUAAUUUGUUGUUGGCUUAUGCCAGCAGCUACUUACUGCAACUCAUUCUGGAGGCUCAUGUGUGCUAGCUGAGAUAUGGCUAGCUCAAAGACAUCUACUAGAUUAGAGAGGUACAAUAUUUCUUUAUGGAAUCUGUGCUGGUUUAUUUCCAUCCUGCCAUAUUUAUCUAGUGGUUAUAUAAUCCUCUUUUAUUAUCAUUUCACUUAAUUUCUUUGCUAUCAGAUUAGGUUUGCUUACUCUCUGUAAUUACCAGAAUCCCUCCAGCACCAUACAACAGUACAUUUGUGGUACUCUAGCCCUCUGCUACAGUUGGUGAUUUUAAUGACAGAAUGCAUAUUUCUCUUAGCAGCCUGGUUAUUUAAUUCUUCUAUUCCUCUGAGCUCUUUGAUGAAUACCAUCUAGACCUGGUGACUAUAAUAAUCUUUAUAGAUUCUUUCUAGCGCCUUCUCUUUUGACACAUCAGUCUAUGACAUUAUUCUAACUUUAUUACUUGGAAAGAGUGGGUCUCUGGGUUAGGUGUUUGUCCAACCUGUGCUGUGGUGAAGACUGAUGCAAAUAAACCAUUAGUUUCUUGGAAAUGCCCUUACUGUCUUUAACUGCUCCUUUUAAUCUGUGAUGGUAACCUUGUCCCACCAGUUAUCUCAGGCUUUCUCCUUCUGGUAUACUGAGAACAUUUUUUUUUUUGCUUUAUAUUGUUUACUAUUUUCUCUUUAAAUUGCCUCUUAGCCCACCUGGUUUUCAUCUUAUCAUUUAUACUCUUUUGCAUUGGCUUUGACAGGCUUGGAUUUCCAUUUUCUGAAGGUUAUCAAUUAGGCUCAAAUAACCUUUUGAAACUUACAAUUGAAUCAUGCUGGUAAUUUCAUUUCUUUCUCUUUUAUUUGUUUUAGUAGGCAUACAUGAUCUCUGUGACUGUGGUAUUCAAAUGCAUCUUCCAUGCUGAGUUUAACUAUUUUAAUUUUGACUUAGGGCAUUUUUACCUGUUUCUUUUUUUCUUUUUAAAUCCUUCCCUUCAAAGUCAGCUGUCACCAUGCUAGUUUUUUAUGACAUUCCUCUACCAAAUGAUGUUGGACUGAAUUAUAUUGUGGUCAUUAUUACUGAAUAGAUUAACUGCAUUUUCUUUUUGAAUCAACUUCUGUAUGUUACUUAGUAUAAAGCUUAGAACAGCCUGUCCUCUUGUGUACUCUAAACUUGUGUUGUUGAGAUGCAGUUGAUUGAGAUGCUGAGAAGUUACUUUUCUAAAUUUUGCCAUUUGGUAACAUUUGCCCAGCCUCUGUAUGGGUUACAGCUAUUUCCUAUUAUUAUUAAUGUAUUAUGAGAGCAAGUUGACUCUUUUUCUUCUCCCAAACAUUAUGGCUGGAAUAUCAUUUUCCUGAUCAAGAGGACAGAAAUAUAACCUCAUUUGUGAAUUUGUAUUCUUCUAGUUUGGGAUGUGUAUUCUGCUCAGUUUACCUCUCCACUCAGAAAUUUUAACUCAGUAGAUUCACUAGAAUCUUUUAAGUAUGAGUGCCUCACCCCACCCCAUGUCUAUCAUCUGUAUAAAUUAUAUCAAGGUCUGACAUCAUCCUAUUGAUUUCUGACAUUCCACCAUGUAUCAGUAAUGUCUGUUAUUAGGGGUGUGUGAAACAGGCUGUAUUCAAUUUGGAUUUUGCCCAACUCAGGGACAGCGAUUCAGUUAGUUGAUUCAGAUCACUGUCCCCGAUUCAAUUUGGCUGAAUCUGAAGAUUCAGUGCUGAUUCAGAGAAUCAGCGAUUCGGCCAUAGACACAGCUUUAAAUGUUUUUUCUACAUACCUCGAGGUACCAGGCACAGUUCACAAUCGCUGUGAUGCUGGGGUGGAUAGAGCGUCCCACAGGGCCGCGGCAGGGGGGGUGGGCCCCGUGUGUUUGGUGGCAAAAGUACUUCCGGUUCACUUCCAGGUCUGCUGCCAAGAGCGCUGGGGGCCUCCCCGCACCUCCUAGGCUCGACAGUUAGCCAUGGGGGGAACUCCGGGUGCCACCCCAGACCCAGAAGGCACCAGUUGCCGAGCCAGCGGAAAGCAUGGGGGGUCCCCCUGCGCUCUGCCAGGAGGAACUGGAAGUGCUUCUGGUCCAUUUCCGGAUCUGCUGCUGAGUACACUGGGGAGCCCCCGUGCUCCUGUGGGACACUCCAUGCACCCCAGCAUCUCAGCAUUCAUGAGCCGCCUGGUACCUUGAGGUAUGUAGAAAAAACAUUUAAAGCCGUGUCUAUGUCCAAAUCGCCAAAUCUUUCUGAAUCUCUCCGAAUCGAUUUGAAGGGUUUCAAUUUGAUUUGGAGACAUUAAAGGGUCUCCUGAUUCGAUUUGGAAUCGGAGAUCUGGCCACCGAAUCAGGCCAAAUCUCUACCUAAUCGAAUCGGGGAUCAAAGCUUUGCACAGCCCUAUCUGUUAUCUCAAGUUCUUCUUCCGUUGCCAAACAUUCUGAUUUCCCUAUUUUAGCUUGUAAGUUUCCAAAUUGGGAAAUGUUCUAGAUUGUAUUUUUACCUCUGCACUUUUUAAAUUAAAUUUCUUAGCCUGAAACUCUGAUAUAUUUCCUGGAAUUUAGCAGUAUUCUUGACCUGUCCUAUCACUCAUUUCACCAUAAUUUCCAUUUUAUCCCUUACUUAAUAAAGAGAUACCUUUAUAUUA